AACCCACCUCGUUCGAUUCGAUCAAACGUCAUUUGAAGUUGAACGAAUCUCGUGAAUUCUCGUGCUAAGUCAGUGCUUGGACGGCGUGUUUCUUUCUGUGCUCCGAUUUUAUUUAGUGCUCGUGAAUUGUAAACUAGUGCUUCUGGAACUUUCAGAACUAUAAUAGGAAUCUUUACGCUCAGAGAAAUCAAAAGAUAAAAGAUGGUGAAGGAAACGACAUACUACGAUAUCUUGGGGGUUAAACCCAGCUGCACAACAGAUGAACUAAAGAAAGCCUACCGGAAGCUAGCCCUGAAGUAUCACCCUGACAAAAACCCAAAUGAAGGAGAAAGGUUCAAACAAAUUUCACAAGCUUAUGAAGUAUUGUCUAAUCCAGACAAAAGACGCAUUUAUGACCAAGGUGGUGAACAAGCAUUGAAAGAAGGUGGUGUUGGUGCGAGUGGCUUCUCCUCACCGAUGGACUUGUUUGAUAUGUUCUUUGGUGGAGGAUUCAGCGGCGGGCGCCGACGUGGUCGUGAACGAAAAGGCAAAGAUGUCAUUCAUCAACUGUCUGUUACACUUGAAGAGCUUUACCGUGGUGCUGUAAGGAAGCUUGCCUUACAGAAGAAUGUUAUCUGUGAAAAAUGUGAAGGACGAGGAGGCAAGAAGGGUGCAGUCCAGACUUGCCCCACUUGUCAUGGUACAGGUAUACAAGUGCAGAUCCAGCAGUUGGCACCUGGGAUGAUCCACCAAAUGCAGACUGUGUGUUCCGAGUGCCGUGGACAGAGGGAGAUCAUCGAUCCUAAGGACCGCUGCAAAGUCUGCCAGGGUCGCAAGACUGUUCGUGACCGCAAAAUCCUUGAAGUCCAUGUCGACAAGGGUAUGACUGACGGUCAGAAGAUUGUGUUCAGUGGAGAAGGUGAUCAAGAACCUGAGUUGGAGCCUGGUGAUCUUGUUAUAGUUUUAGAUGAAAAAGAACAUGAAUUAUUCAAACGUUCUGGAAAUGAUCUCAUAAUUCGGUUGAAUAUUGAGCUUGUGGAGGCUCUGUGUGGCUUCCAGAAGGUGAUCCGCACCCUGGAUGAGAGAGAUAUUGUAAUAACUGUUAUGCCUGGUGAGGUGACUAAGCAUGGUGAAGUCAAGUGUGUGUUGAAUGAAGGUAUGCCAAUGUACAAGAAUCCAUUUGAAAAGGGCCAGCUUAUUAUCCAAUUCCUAGUUAACUUCCCCGCCCGCAUUCCACCAGAAGUCAUUCCUGCACUUGAGAAUUGCCUGCCUCCUCGGCCAAGGAUCGAAAUUCCCGAAUUGGCUGAAGAGUGUCAGCUGAUUGACUUGGAUCCGGAACAAGAGACGCGUCGGCGACGUGCGCACCACGGUAACGCGUACGAAGAGGAUGACGAACACCCCGGUAUGAAUAGAGUCCAGUGCGCCACUAGUUAGACGACGCCCAAUACUCGCCAAACAUGCGCCAGCGAUGGACCUCAUCCAAACAAAUUACUACUGAUUGAAAUAUUAAUAGCUAUUAUGAGAUUGAUGAACUUACAUAACACCCUCAUAUUGUAUACUGACUUACUUUGUGAUCUUCAUCUCACAUUGUAAUAAUUAUAUCAAUAUUAACUGUAUUAUGUUUUACUUAAAGUUGUAUUUUCUGUUAUGCUUAUUAAUUCAUCAUUCUUGUGUAGAAUACAAUUAUGUAUAUUAACAUGAUUAUGUUGAUAGAUAAUUGAUAUCUAACUAUGCUAUUUAUAUUUCAAUGGUUGUAAAGCAAUAUUAGCUUGUUAAUUAAAUUAUUUAUGUGACUUA